CCUUCAUGUGUCCAGACCGACUGCGUUACCAGGCCUGUCUGUCUACCUGUACAGCCCAGUCCUGCUCCAACCACGACUUUGACCACGACCCUGAGCAGUGUACAGGCCUGACAGAGGGAUGUGUUUGUCCUGAGGGCACUCUGCUCCAUCGACCCUACUCUGCCCUCUGCAUCCCCCCUGAGAAGUGUGCCUGUACGGACAGUUCGGGUGUACCCCGUGCUCCUGGCGAGGUGUGGAAGGCGUCUAAAGAUGGCUGCUGUAUGUAUCGCUGUGACAACGACAGUAUCGUUCCCGUGGAGUAUAACUGCUCUGCCGUGUCUCAGCCGCUCUGCCGCAGGGCCGGGGAAGUGGUCAUCGGUCUGGCAGACGACACCUCCUGCUGCCCACAGAGAGCCUGCGUUUGUAACCAGACCCUGUGUGACAUCUUCCCCCCGGAGUGUCAGUAUGGAGAGAAGCUGGUGUCUUACUUCAGAGAGGACUCCUGCUGUCCAGACUACGUCUGUGAGUGUGACCCAGAGCGCUGUGAGUCAGACAUCCCAGCCUGUAGAGAGGACCAGACCCUCAUCGCCACCAGGGCUGAUGGCAGCUGCUGCCUGGCACACAUCUGUAUGUGUGGUUCCUGUUUGGAGGUGGUUCCAAACUGCCAGGAUGGAGAGGUGUUGACGGUGGACGCCAACAGUACAGACCUCUGCUGUCCUGUCUACCACUGUGAUACCACUGCUGUCCCCUGCACACCUGCGUGGAUUGGAUGUAUGGAUGUAACCAGAUCCAGACUGACGGGAUGUGUGGUCAUUGUAUUUGUGAACCCUGCAGGUAAAGAAGAUGGGAAGUCCUGUCAGAAGGUGACAGUAAGGAUGACGAUACGGAAGAACGACUGUCGCAGUAACAGACCGGUCAACAUAGUGUCAUGUGACGGGAAGUGUCCGUCGGCCAGUAUUUACAACUACAACAUCAACACGUACGCCAGGUUCUGUAAGUGCUGCCGUGAGAUGGGGCUGCAGAGGCGCUCCGUGCAGCUCUACUGCAGUGGCAACUCCACGUGGGUCAACUACUCUAUACAGGAACCCACCGACUGCUCCUGCCAAUGGUCUUAGUGG